CCAAUCGUACGCGCCUCGGCUUUCUUCCAACCAAAUCAUCAUGUCAUUUCGUGCAACAUAAUAUGACCAAACAAAUAAGAAAGCACCCAUCACCCAAAGCAAACCUCACCUAUAUAUUCAUACAUCUCUCCGAGCUCAGACGCUGAGAAGAAAACAAAGCAGAGCAGAGGCCAAGAAAGAUCAACCAAAAAGCAGAGAGAGAGAGAGAGAGAGAGAGAGAGCGCGCUUUGCCCUUUUGGAAUUCGCAUCCGUCGGCGCGCCGCGCGGCCAAGCGACCAAGAAGCUGCAGAGGAGGAAGAGCUCCAAUGGACGGCCAGGUUAGGAACACUUCUGCUGCUGCCGAUGGCGCGGCGGCGGGGCCCAGUACGAGCGGCGCUACGGCCUCCGCCCCCUACACCAGCGGCCCCGACGCCGACGACAAUGCCGGCGCCGGCGGGGCCAAGGUCUGGGUACUCGUGCUCCUCUUCGCGCUGCUCCUGCUGCUCUUCCUGCCCUCCGCGGUGCGGCGUGGCGGGGGGACAUGGAGCGGAGGAGGUGGGUACCGCCGCGGCGGGAUCAACUUCAAGAGCGGUUGGGACGUCGUCAACCUCUGCCUCGUGCUCUUCGCCAUCCUCUGCGGGCUCCUUGGCCGCGGCGGGGGUGACGGCGACGGAGAAUCUCCCAGCGCUGCGGCGGCCAAGAACGACAGGCAGGUGUCGCCGGCGCCAGCGCCGGCCGCGGAGGCCGUGACGGCAGCGACGACGGGGGUGGGGGAGUGGGACAGCUACGGCUUGUUCUCCAACUCAAUCCACCGCAAUAGCCACGCGCACACGACGGGGAUCCGGCGGAUGAAGAGCAGCAGCUCGUACCCGGAGCUGCGGCUCGGGAGCGACGGCGUCUGGGGCCUCGCGUCGCCGGAGGCGGCGUGGCGGUCCUAUGACGACGCUGAGCUGUACCGGAGCCGGCGGCAGGAGCGGACUUGGGACGUGGACACGCAGGGCAGGACGCCGGAGGUGAAAACGAUCCCCGUGGACACGUUCGUGGAGCGCCGGAGCUCGCCGCCUCAGGAGACACGGAGGCGGCGGAGGAGCGUCGAGAGGCUCCCCAAGAUGGCCGAGGUAGAGGAGAGGCCGCAGCCGCGGGAGGCGGCGGUGACGCCAGCCAGGAGUAGGAGGUGGAGUGCGGAGGCGGUGGAUGUCAUACCUGAGCAGGAGGUGCCGAUGGAGGUGGCUCCUGCGGCGGCACCACAACCUCCGCCACCGGCCCCUCCCCGGCGGCGCCGGCGCAGCGUGGAGAAGCUGCCGAGACCAGAGGAGCUGGAGCAAGAGAUAGUGGUGGAAGAGGUCAGGAACCCGCUGCCGCCGCCAUCGCGGGUAAUGUUCCCGCCUGGAACGCCACCGCUGACACCUCCUCCUCCGCCUCCGCCUCCAUCGACGGCGUCGCGCAGCGGCAAGAAGAAGCGAAGCGGCAGCGUGGGCGGCGCCAAGGACCUGGCCUCCGCCAUUGCUCUGUUCUACCAGAAGAAGCGCAAGAGUAUAACAAUGAAGGCCAAGAGGAGGCCCCAUCACCACCACCAUUCCGACGACCACUACUCGCCGCCGUCGUCCGACGCGUCGGCGAGCCCCGACGCCACAGCGCGCACCACCAACCCUCCGCCUCCGCCUCCGCCCCCGCCCCCGCCCCCGCCCCCGCCCCCGCCGUCCUCCAUCUUCUCGAACAUCUUCAAGAAGGGCGGCAGCAAGAGCCGCCGCAUCCACUCCGUCACGCCGCCGCACCCGCCACCCCCGCCUCCACCCACUCGCCGAUCCAAGAAACCACCACCGCCUCCGUCGCGCCCCGCUCCUCCAGCACCACCGCCACCGCCACUUCCGGCCAGGACGCGCGCGCCACGCGCCCACGCGCACGCGCACACGCACACGCAGCAGCCGCCAUUGUACCCCAGACGCGCCGUCUACUACACCUACUACCCGCACCCGCCGCCAUCGCCGCCGCUGCCCCCGCCUCCUCCUCCACCGCCGCCUCUGGUGUCGGAGGGGGAGGAGGAGGCUCCCUCGGUGAUGGCUUCUCCAGCGCCGGCAUACUGCGCGAGCCCCGACGUGAACGCGAAGGCAGACAGGUUCAUCGAGAGCUUCCGCGAGGGGCUGAAGCUGGAGAAGCUCAACUCGUACCGGGAGAAAUGGCAGAGGCAGAUCCAAGAGAACGCCGCCAUCGAGGCUGAGGACGAGGAAGGGGAGUUCAUGGUCAUCGGGUCACUCUUCGGCGACGAGGACGACGACGACAUCUCGUUGCCGGAGACGCCGGCGACCCCUGCUGUCGCCGUCGGCUUCUAACGACACUGACGUUGAAGAAAAAAAAAUAAAAAAAUGAAAAAAUGACUCUCGAAAAAUGAAAAAAAGGGACAAAACAAAGAUUAUUUUUUCUGGUUUAUUUGCAGUACUAUUUGUGAAGGAUUUUUUCACUAAUUUUUGUUGGUUAGGGGAUUGACAAUGAGAUUUGUGUGAGAGAGGACGUCAUUGAAGAGGGAGCUUUUUAUGUGCUUAUUUUAAAAUGGCCAAAAGCUGUCUUGGGGUGUUGCAUUAGGUGAGCUGAUGUGAAUUUCAUGUGUCUGCACUGCGCUUUGGGAUUCGUAUUGUAAUAUAUAUCAUGAGAAAGUAACAGAGCUUUACCCUUUUUUCUCGUUGUACUUUUUGUUCUUGUAUUCCUGUACUUGUACUUGUACGUACGGUUUUG